CUCUACACUUCCAGCAAAUCCACGACUCCAUGGCUGUGGACCUCAACCUUCCAUCAGCUGAAGAUGAAGAAGAUGACCCUUUUGGAGGUUCACCUCACGGCCAGGACCAUGGCUGUGGAACUCUACACUUCCAGCAAAUCCACGACUCCAUGGCUGUGGACCUCAACCUUCCUCCAGCUGAAGAAGAUGACCCUUUUGGAGGUUCACCUCACAGCCAGGACCACCCACCUCUUGCUAGAGGCCACUCCAUGGGAGAUGCUUAUGGAGCACCUUCUUUUGACCUCAACAUGGUGGCAUAUGAAUUAGUAGAUAAAGUGGAUGGGUUCAAUGCACCUACAGCAGAAGCAAACAUUGAAUCAAACAUUGAUUUUCAGGAAGAGGUGGAAGAUGAGGACGCCGAUGUGUCUGCUGUCGAUUUUCAUGUCAGAUUCGCCGAAGAGGAGCUCCAAGGAUCCACUGAUAAUGGCGAUCAAGCUGAUGCAUUCAAUGCCGCCGAUGAAACAGCCACCUUCGACCUGAACUAUCCCUUGGAGGAAGAGAUGCUCGAUGGGUCCAAUGAUCCAGAACAUGUUGAACAAGGCAGUCAAUCUGAACAUGCAAACAUGGUGAUUACAAGGAAGAAUUUGACGGACAAAGAAAGACAAGCAAUUUAUGAAGCUUUACUUCUCCGGAGCAUGCAUGGCAAAUUGAAAAGAAGGACCACCACAAUAGUAGCCAAUUUGUUUAAUGUUAAUAGGUGCUAUGUGCAAUCCAUAUGGAGGACGGCAAAGAAGUGCCUUGCUGAAGGUGUGCCGGUCGAUGUAUCAUGCAAAAGGAAAAAAAUUGUGGUCGCAAAAAGGUUGCCAUUGAUAUGUCUAGAAUUGCAACAAUACCUUUGGAUAAAAGGACCACUCUUAGGGCUCUAGCUCAUGAACUAGGUGUCACAAGAUCCACACUGC